AUGUCCAAGCCACGGAAACAGAGCAUACAGCCGCAAGCUAACCAAAGGACUACUCCUUUACCAAUCACGCAGCCCACAGAUGCGUACAUCCCGCCUUUUCUUGUUGAACAGGUGCCUGAACUUAAAUCCUACAAGCAACUUCUGGAAGCAGAGUCGAAAAUCGAUAUCUAUAUCAGCCGCAAAAAGAUUGACUUGUAUCAAUCAGUAUCACAGUGGAAUAGUCUGAAGCAGGAAGCACAGGAAAAACAGUACCUCCGCAUUUUCGUAUCCAACAUUGCCGAGAACCAAGCCUGGCAAACAAACGACGCCAACGCACAACCAUCCUGGACUCUGAGGAUAGAGGGUAGAUUAUUGAAUGACCUUGAUGUUAAUGACCCUCAAAGGCCCAAAUUUAGCUCGUUCCUGCAGGGCAUCGCAGUCGACUUCACGCGCCCACAAAACGCAGAUGCGGGUGCGCAGGACCAGCAGCAACCACAACCUCUAGUACCCUCAAUUGUUGAGUGGCAUGCGGACCCUUCAGCCUUGGCUGAGUUCGACGGCCUGGAUGUCAAGCGUGACGGAGCCGAAAACGUUAAGUGUCGAAUUGCAAUCCAGCCUCGCGGGGUCACUGGUGAGUGGAUCCAAUUCUCACCUGAGCUCUCUUCCAUCAUUGGCAUGUCGCGAGGAACUCUUCAUGAAGCGGUCUACUCUCUUUACAAAUACAUUUUGAUCAAUGACCUGCUGACAAGCGAAGACGAUGUGCAGGCUCCAGGAAACCCCUCUUCCAACUCUACCAACGGUGAGAGAACAAUUACCAAGAUUGACAAAUACCUUGCUGCGCUUUUUCCUGAUGAGCGCAAAACCAUGAGACUUGCAGAAAUUCCAUCCCUUGUAAAUCGCCACAUUUCUCCUCUGCCACCAAUCAGAAUAGACUACACGAUACGUGUUGACAAAGCUUCUACGUACGGCGAAACCGUCAUAGAUAUUGAAGUGCCGGCUGUAAGUGAGGACGAAGUGGCCCGCGAGGGCAUGUCUCUACUAACAGAGCUAAACCAGUUGAGCACGACUUUAGAGCCCCAGAUGCAAGCUCUAAACCAAGAGCUUAACAUUUUGCAGCUUCAACUUAACGCUAGUGCGAACAAGUAUCAAUUCUUCAGCAAGCUUUCAAAGGACCCUGUUCCAAUGCUACAAGAGUACAUGGAUUCUUCUUCAAGAGCGCUGAAGGUCCUGAGCGGCGACGACGGUUUCAACGAAGACACUGUGAGAAGAGCUCAAUUUUACAAAGACAACGAGGCAAUGUUAUUUGAGAAUUUGAGCGUUCUACUUUCGAACGGGCGCAUGUAA